AAGAAACCAUCCUUCUCUCCCUGUCCGUUGUGGUGGCUUUCCUCGUCUGCUGUCUCCCUCAUAUCCCCCGUUGCGAUCGUGAAGCUGCCGUCCCAUCCGCCGUCCACCAUGACUUACGAGGUGAGUUCAGAUGCCGGAGCCCCGACGGCCGCGGAUCCCGUCGAAGAGAAAGUUGCGGCCGCCGCCGAUGGCGACGAGAGGAAAACAGAAGUGGAUACCAAGGUUGUCGCCGACGUGGAGGAGAAGAAAAUGCCGGAACCGCCGUCCUCGGACCAUCCUUCCGUCGAGAAGUGCUCCUCCUUCAGGGAGGAGAGCAACUUCUUGUCGGACCUGAAGGAGGCCGAGAAGAAGGCGCUCAUCGAGCUCAGAGCCAAGGUCGAGGAGGCCAUCCUCGAGGGCAAGCUACUCCUCGCGAAGCAAGAGGAGCAGAAGCCGAUGGAGAAGAAGGAAGUGGCCGAGGAGAAAGGCAAGACCGAUCAUGAAACCCGAGAAGGCGGGGAAGGUGAAACGGCGAUGCUUGAUCAAACCAAGGAGAAGAAGGAAGAGGUCACGGAGAGAGAAAAGGCCGAUCCUGAAGCCCAGGGAGGCGGGGAAGGUGAACAGGCGAAGCUUGAUCGAGGGAAGGAGGAGGAGGAAGAGGUCAAGGAGAAAGAAUGCGGUGAAGGUGAAAAGGCGAUACCUCGUCAAGCGAAGGAGGAGGAAGAGAAAGAGAAGGUCGAUCCUGAAACCCGAGAAGAAGGGGAAGAAGGCGAAAAGGUGAAGCUUGACCAAACGGCGGAUGUGAAAGCGGAAGAAAAGGCGGCGCCUUUGGAGGAGAAGGCCAUCGCGACUGCGGCGUCCGAGGCCAAGAAUGUCGGAGACAGCGACAAGGAGGCCACCCUCUGGGGCGUGCCCCUCCUGCCGAGCAAAGGCUCGGAACGCGCCGACGUGAUCCUCCUAAAGUUCCUCCGCGCCCGCGAUUUCAAGGUGAAGGAUGCAUUCGAGAUGCUGCGGAACGUACUGGUAUGGAGGAAGCAGUUCCGCAUCGACUCCAUUCUGGACGAGGAGUCGCUGGGAGCCGAUUUUGUGGCUGCGUGCUACAUGGACGGCGUCGACCGGGAGCGGCAUCCGGUGUGCUACAACAUGCCGGGCGUGUUCCAGAACGACAAUCUGUACCAGGAGACCUUUGGGUCGGAGCAAGGGAGGGAGAGGUUCCAGCGGUGGAGAGUGCAGCUGAUGGAGAAGGGGAUCAAAGCGCUCGACUUCAAGCCCGGCGGGGUCGCCUCACUGCUGCAGAUCACCGACCUCAACAACUCGCCGGGCCCGUCCAAGAAGGAGCUUCGCACCACCAUGAAGCAGGUCGUGCAGCUGCUUCAGGAUAACUACCCGGAACUCGUCGCGAGAAAUAUCUUCAUCAAUGUUCCUUUCUGGUACUACGCAUUCCACGCUCUGAUCUCUCCUUUCUUGACCCAACGAACCAGGAGCAAGUUCGUCUUCGCUCGUCCCGCAAAGGUCGCAGAAACUCUUCUCAGGUACGUCCCUGCCGAAGCUGUCCCCGUCAGAUACGGCGGUCUUAAGCGCGACGACGACACCGAGUUCUCAGCAGAAGACGGCGGGGUUUCGGAGGUCAUCGUCAAAUCUAACUCCACCGAGACCCUCGAGAUCCCUGCUCCUGAGGGUGGGACGACGAUCUUCUGGGACCUGAGUGUUCUGGGAUGGGAGGUGAGCUACAAGGAGGAGUUCGUGCCCACCGACGAGGGAUCCUACACCAUCGUCGUUCGGAAGAGCAAGAAGAUGGCGGCGGCGGAGUUGCCUGUUCGGAACUCGUUCCGGAACAGCGAGCCCGGCAAGGUCGUGCUGACGAUCGAGAACAACUCAUUCUGGAAGAAGAAAGCGUUGUAUCGCUACAAGAUCAAGAAGAGCUGUUGAGAACCAACGACGAACUCCAUGAAUCCGUACUCGUGGCGGAGAUGCUGUAAUUUUAGGAAGGAUACUAGAAAUUUGUUGUUUAUUUAUAUAUUAUUUAUUAUCGUAUAAUUCGUUCAAAAAAGAAUGCAUUGUUAUUUCAAAAUAAGCGUAAUAAUAAUAAC